AUGGAUAGUUUCUUUGCAAAACCAAAACCUUCGAGAGGAGGAGGAGGAAGAGGUGGCUCAUCAUCAAGAGGUGGGUCAUCCUCUAGAGGAGGCUCAUCAUCAAGAGGUGGAGGAGCUGUCGCAAGAGGUGGAGGAAGAGGAGGUUCAUCGAGAGGUGGUUCAUCAUCCAGAGGAGGUGCAGGAGGAGCCAUGACAAGAGGUGGAAGGGGUGGUUCGUCGAGAGGUGGACCAUCAAGAGGUGGUUCAUCUAGAGGUGGUUCAUCGUCAAGAGGAGGACCAUCAAGAGGUGGUAGAGGUGGACGUGGAGGAAACAAUAAUAAUAAUAGUAAAAAGGAUCAACCACAGAAACAACAACAACAAGAGGAUGAUGACGAUGAAGAUGAAGAAGAACAAGACAGCGACAAUGAAAAUACUCAAAAUGGAAAUGGAAAGAGAUAUAGAGAUGAUGAUGAUGAAGAUAAUGAAGAUGAGGAAGAUGAAGAAGAUGAAGAAGAAAAACAAGAAAAACAACAACAACAACAACAACAAGAACAACAAGAAAGAAUGAUGAAUCAACUUGUUGAUGAAGAAGAAGAAUCGGUCGAUGAAAAACGUAUUAGAAUCGCCAAGGAAUACUUGGCAAAGAUUAGAGAAGCCAAGGGAGAGUUGGAUAUGGAUAGUGCCAUCAAAGACGAUUUGCUCAAGCAACAAGGAAGACACGCCCGUCUUGUCAAAGACACUGUCCAAAAAUUAAGUAUCACCGACAAGAACAUCACAUUGCUCAGAGGUCACGAUCAACCUGUCACCUGUAUUGCCAUCAGUGAUGAUUUGAAAUAUAUAUACAGUGCUUCAAGAGAUUGUAUUGUAAAAUGGAACAUGGAAACUCUAUUAAAGGAAAAGAAAAUACGUGCAAUUUAUACAUCAAAGAAAAAGAAACGUGAUGAAAGAGAGUCAAUGAGAAAGAAGAAACAACAACAAUACCAAAAACAACAAAAACAACAAGACAAGCCAGUCGUCCAAGACGAAAAAGAUGACAAGGUUAUUGGAAGUGACAAACCUGCUGUUUCCAAUGGAUCGGGAGAAGACAAACAAUAUACUGAUAGUUAUACUGGACGUAUAUUUGCAAUGGCGUUGAGUGACGAUGGUACAUUGUUGGCAACUGGUGGAGAAGAACGUGUCAUCAAGGUAUGGGAUACCGCCAACUUUAAGUUGUUGGAGACAUUCCGUGGCCAUCGUGAUAUUGUUAGUGCUUUGACCUUUAGAAAGGGGACACAUACUUUGUAUAGUGGGUCACACGACCGUACUCUCAAAGUAUGGGAUCUCGAUCAAUUGGCAUUUGUCGAUACUCGUUACGGCCAUCAAAGUCCUAUCCUCGCUAUCGAUGCAUUGUCAAGAGAGAGAUGUAUCACUGCCGGUGAAGAUAGAUCCUGUCGUAUUUGGAAGAUCCCCGAAGAAACCCAACUCAUCUAUCGUUCCCAUUCUCGUCCAAUCGACUGUAUCUCCCUUCUCGCCGAAGAUCACUUUGUCUCUGGUAGUCAAGAUGGUGCCAUCUCGCUCUGGAACGUUAACAAAAAGUCACCCAUCUAUACCCAAAACAAAGCUCAUCCAAACGGUCCCAUGCAUUGGAUCUCUUCAGUUGCCUGUGUCAAGUUUGGCGAUCUCGUCGCCUCUGGUUCAUGUGAUGGUCAUAUUAAACUUUGGGGUAUUUUUGAUACUAAAUUAAGAUUAGUUAAUACUAUUCCUUUGAAUGGAUUUAUAAAUGGAAUGGAAUUUUCAAAGGCAGGAGAUAUGUUGGUAGCAGCUAUUGGACAAGAACAUAAACUUGGAAGAUGGGCAAAGAUCAAUACUGCCAAGAACGGUAUUGCUAUUGUUAGAUUGGAUGCAUGUCAAGAAAUGAAACCAAUCCAAGAAGAUGAAGUAGAACAACCUGAACAACCUGAACAAGACGACCAAGAAAUGGAAAAUCAAUCUGAUCAAGAAGAACAAGAACAAGAACAAGAAGAGGUUGAACCACAACAAGAAGAACCACAAGAAGAAGAAGAAGAAGAAGAGGAAAUAGAUGAGGAGGCAUUAGAAAAGGAAUUAAAACAAGAUGACGAUGAAGAAGAGGAAGAGGAAAAUGACGAUAUUAAAAGACAAGUAGCCGACGAAGAUAAUACUUUAUAUAUGGGUAAUAGCAAGGGUAAAAAGUCAAUGAAAGCACUUGGAGGCUUAAAGAAACAAAAAUUAAAUAAUAAUAAUGGUGGUUUUAAAUUAUUAUCGUCAAAGAAAAAAAAGUAA